AUGAAUUGGUUAUUGGAAGGGGACAAUAAUACUAAGUUUUUUCAUAGAGUUGUGAAGAGCAGGGGUAAUAAAAAUCGUAUAUUGAUGGUGCUUGAUGAAGAUGGAAGAUGGGUUAGUGGGAAGGCUAUGAAGGAGAAAUUUGUGAAUCAUUUCAAGAAGUUUUUGGGAUGUGAAGAUAUAACUGAGUUCUCGUGUUUAAAUGAUGGUUUCUUUCAUAAUAAAUUGGACAGUAGGGUGGCUUUGAAUAUGAUUAGAGUGGUUACUGAUGAAGAAAUUAAAGUUGCGAUGUUUGAUAUUGAUGACAAUCGUGCCCCUGCUAGAGUCAUUAGGGAUGCUCUUGAUGAUUUCAAAAAAGUUUCAGGGUUGAAGGCGAGCAUGGAAAAAAGUCAGAUUUUCUUUAGCUGUGUUAAACCCAAUAUGAGAAGGAUUAUAUUGGGCAUUCUUCCUUUUGAUAUUGGGAAAUUUCCUUUUAAGUAUCUUGGAAUUCCUAUGUGUGUUACUAAGUUAUUUUGCAGAGAUUGUAAACAGCUUGUUGGGAAGAUUAAGAUGAGAAUUCUUAAUUGGAAAAGUAAGGCCUUAUCGUUUGCUGGGAGGUUGCAACUCAUUAAUUAUGUUUUGACUACUAUUCAUGUGUCUUGGGCCUCGAUCUUUAAAAUUCCUAUUGCCACAAUUAGAGAGGUUGAGAAGAUUUGUAGAAGUUACCUGUGGGCGAAUGGUGAGAUAGUCAAAGGGAAAGCUAAAGUCAAGUGGAUUGAUAUUUGUAGGCCUAAAGAUUAUGGUGGGUUAGGGGUGAAGAAUUUAAGGAAAUGGAAUGAUGCCUUGUUAGCUAAACAUGUGUGGAAUAUGAUUAAUAAUAAAAACUCUCUUUGGGUCCAAUGGGUGAAAAAGAAUUACAUUGGUGAUAGGAACUUUUGGGAUAUUUUACAGAAGAAGAGUAUGAGCUGGACUUGGAAGAGGUUCCUUGAGGUGAGGAAAAUUGUUAGGCCUCAUGUAGUUUCGUGUGUGGGAAAUGGGAUGAAUACUUCUCUUUGGCAUGACUGGUGGCACCCAAUUGGUAUUUUAAGCACUAUUAUAUCUAGAAGGGAUUGGAUUAGAAACGGGUUUAGUGAUAUAUCCAAGGUUAGUGAUGUUAUGGUUAAUGAUUUCUAUUUAUGGCCGGUUGAGUGGGUGAUUGAAUUCCCUGGAUUGAAGGAUGGUCCCAUGUUUUGUAUUGAUGCUAAUCAGAGGGAUGUUACUGGUUGGAGAGAUAAGAAUGGGGUGUGUAAACAAUUUUCAUGCAAACAGGUGUGGAGAGAUAUAAAUAAUUUUGGUGACAAAGUUCCUUGGUAUGAUAUUGUGUGGUAUGGUAACUGCAUUCCUCGAAAUUCGUUUAUAUUAUGGUUGGCUAUUUUGAAUAGAUUGAAGACCCAGGAUCGAGUCAAAGGUUGGGAGAUUUCUGGUAAUUUACUUUGUCCUUUCUGUGCUAUUUCUUCUGAUUCCCAUGAUCACCUCUUCUUCAAAUGUGAAUUUUCUCAUCUUAUUUGGAGUUAUUUCUGUAAUAAGAUCGGUCUUAAUAUCUUUUUUGAUGAUUGGAAUGAUUUAAUUUUGAAACUGAGCAUUUCUUUCAAAGGGAAUUCGGUUGAGAAUUUGGUUAAUAAAUGUGUGUUUUCCAGUUGUGUUUCUCAUAUUUGGAAGGAGAGAAAUUCUAGACUCUUUAGUAGUAGGAGGAAUUCGCAUAAGGUGGUGAUUUCUUGUAUUGAAAGUAAAAUACAAUUGAAGCUGUUGGGGUUGAGGAAAGAGGCUAUUAUGGUCAAUGAUAGAGUCUUUAAGACUUUGGGUAUUUCUGGAAUGGACAGAAUAUAA